AUGAAUAAAAAGCAAACAACAUCAAUUCCAGGGAUUUAUCAUUACUACCUUAGGGCCUCAUCAUUAGCUAUGUAUGCAACAGUCUCAAUGUGGGAUUUUAAAGAUAUAAAGAAGAACUUUCUUUCUCGUUUAACGAUGUUCAUGAUGCUUGAUUUGCUUGACCCACUGAGAGCUAUCACAACAAUUUCAAUAGAUUUACUUUUUAACCAAAGCAUGGAAUAUCUGCUGGGAAAAGCGCCAUGGACUAUGUUGGACGAUCAUUUCCAAGCAGCCAGACCAUAG